CACAGAACCCUAGACCCAUGUAAUGUUGAAUCUGCCUGAUGCAUAUACGUCAACAAGCCAAGCUGUGUGCAGCACAGCUACCAGAUAACAGCAAGGAAGAUUCAAACUUUAUUCUGGAAAAAAAAUAAUGAAAUAUAAUCACACUGUAGUGACAGAAUUCUUCCUCGUGGGAUUCAUGGACCAUCCAGAACUCCAAAUUCCACUUUUCACUGUGUUCCUGGUGAUCUACAUUGUCACACUGAUGGGGAAUCUUGGAAUACUCAUACUAACCAAGAUUGAUGCCCAGCUUCAUACACCCAUGUACUUUUUCCUAAGAAACCUGUCAGCUGUAGAUGUUGGUUAUUCCACUGCCAUAGCUCCCAAGUUGCUGCUGACCUUUAUAGCAAAGAACAGAACUAUUUCCUUCACAGGAUGUGCUAUGCAAUUCUUUGUGUUCUGUGGCUUUGUAACCACUGAAGGUAGCCUUCUGGCUGUGAUGGCCUGUGAUCACUUCACUGCUAUCUGCAACCCAUUGCUGUUUUUGACUCCGAUGCCCACCAAACUCUGUGUAGCAUUCGUGACAGGUGCAUAUAUCUGUGGCACUGUAAAUUCAGCUGUUCAUAUAGUUUUAAUAUUUGGUCUGUCCUUCUGCAAUUCAAAUGUCAUCAAUCAUUUUUUCUGUGACACCCCACCCAUUCUGAAGCCGUCCUGUUCAGACACUCAUAUCACUGAUAUUGUGCACUUCAUCCUGCCAACCAUAAUUGCCUUGACUACUUUUCUGAUUAUCUUGGUUUCCUAUAUGCACAUCCUCUCGACCAUCUUGAGGAUCCACUCCAUCCAUGGUAGACGCAAAGCCUUCUCCACCUGUGCCUCACACCUGACAGUAGUCGUAAUCUUUUAUGGAACCAUCAUCUUCAUGUAUUUAAGGCCAAGCUCCAGUUUCUCAAUGGAUCAAGACAAAGUUGUCUCAGUGUUUUACACUCUUGUGAUUCCUAUGCUCAACCCAUUAAUCUAUAGCCUUAGGAACAAGGAUGUAAAGGAUGAUUUGAGAAGGGUGGUAAAAAGAAUGGUAUUAACAUGGUAG